UCCAAUAUCAAAUGUGUGGAACAGUAUACGCGGUGCAAAUGUGUUAGUAAAAAUGUAUAAAAUAUUUAUAGUUUUUUGUAUUUUUUGUGAAGUGUACGCUCAAAAUGAGUAUCCUUUAAAUAUUUUACACUACAAUGACUUUCAUGCCAGGUUUGUAGAAACGAGUCCGUCCGGCGGAGUUUGUAAUCCAGAAACUGCACCAUGCAUCGGAGGCUUUGCCCGCUUAGCAACUGUUGUAAGACAGGCAAUUCUAAAGGAACCAAACUCCUUACUUCUGAACGGCGGUGACAGCUUUCAGGGAACGAUUUGGUAUAACUUGCUAAGAUGGAAUGUUACCCAGGACUUUAUGAAUAUGUUAACGCACGACGCUCAUGUUCUAGGAAAUCAUGAAUUUGACAAUGGUAUUGACGGUGUCGUGCCUUACUUAGAGCAUUUAGAUUCAAACGUAGUAACAGCAAAUAUAAUUGAUGAGUUAGAACCCUCUAUACAAGGCUUGUACUAUCCCAGUAUUGUUGUAGAACGGGAUGGACGAAGGAUUGGAAUAAUUGGUGUUAUUAUUUCUACAACCAACGAACUGGCUUCUACCGGACGAUUGCAAUUCACAGACGAAGUGGAAUCCGUAAAAGCAGAAGCACAAAAAUUACAUGAUGAUGGAGUCAAUAUUAUAAUAGUUUUAUCGCACUGUGGACUUGAUAUUGAUAGGGAAAUAGCACUACAUGGCGGGCCACAUAUAGAUAUAGUAGUUGGUGGUCACAGUCACACACUGCUGUACAAUGGCAUCCCGCCAGAAAGUUCUGGAUUUAAUGCUCAAGAACCGUAUCCUGUGGUAGUUGAUCAACCGACAAGGAAGGUCUUAAUUGUACAAGCGGCUGCGCACACGCAAUAUUUAGGAGAAAUUAAAUUAUUUUUCGAUGACGAUGGAAAUCUUUUAAGAUGGGAAGGUAAUCCACAUUUUAUUGGAAAUGAAAUUGAACAAGCUCCCGAUGUGUUGGCAAAAAUAAAUACGUAUCUUCCCGAUAUAACACAAAGAGCAACAAAACAAGUAGGAACCUCUAUGGUUCAUAUGUCUUCUAGAUGUGCCUGCGCUGAAUGUAAUUUGGGAAAUUUCAUUUGUGACGCAUUUAUGGAUGCGGUUCUAGACAAAGCUGAAGGAAAUAAUUGGCAUUACGCAGAUUUUUGUAUAAUUAACCAAGGAGGCAUACGCGUGGAUUUGGAACCUGGAUUGAUUACCUUUGAGACAGUGCUAUUAUCGACACCCUUCGAGAACAACGUAGAGGUGUUUGAACUAAGAGGCGACCAUAUAAUGGAAAUGUUAGAAUUUUCUGUAGCAAACGUACCUUAUCCUGGUGCUAGAAUGUUACAAGUAUCAGGUAUUCAAACUUCAUUCAAUGGUUCUCUACCUAUUAACGAGAGGGUUUUAGAUGUAAAUGUUCGUUGCAUAGAUUGUGACGUACCUCGGUACAAACCAUUAGAACUUAACAGAUACUAUAAAGUUGUAUCACAAAGUUUUCUUGGCACUGGAGGUGAUGGAUUCUCAAUGAUUUCGGAAAAUAGAAGAAACGUGGAAAUUGUUGGUGUUGAUUACGAUGUUCUGAUACGGUAUAUUGAGAAAGUCAGCCCAGUGUUCAUAGAUGUGGAUAGAAGGAUACAAAUCGAACAGCCAUGUGUAGUUUAAGAAUAGACAAAUAAAAUUGUAAAU